GUCAAAUCAACACUGCAUCCUUGCCUAUAAAUACUCUCCAAGGCAGGAACGGCACCAAUUCACUCCACACCCCUCUCUCCCCCUGCUCCAGCUCCCAGAUCCCCGUCCAGUCCCAGGAGCUCCGAACCCUCCCCAAUGGCGGUCAAGGUCUACGUCGUGUACUAUUCCACGUAUGGACAUGUUGCUAAACUAGCUGAAGAGAUCAAGAAAGGUGCCUCAUCUGUUGAAGGCGUCGAGGCUAAAAUAUGGCAGGUCCCUGAAACUCUCCCUGAGGACGUACUUGGAAAGAUGGGUGCACCUCCUAAGCCCGAUGUGCCAAUCAUCACACCGCAAGAACUUGCUGAGGCUGAUGGAAUCCUCUUUGGGUUCCCAACAAGGUUUGGCAUGAUGGCGGCACAAAUGAAGGCGUUCUUCGAUGCGACUGGUGGCCUGUGGAGGGAGCAGAGCCUUGCUGGCAAGCCUGCUGGCCUCUUCUUCAGCACCGGAACUCAGGGUGGUGGGCAAGAGACGACACCAUUGACAGCAAUUACCCAGUUGACUCACCACGGCAUGGUGUUUGUGCCGGUGGGCUACACCUUUGGUGCUAAGCUUUUUGGCAUGGACCAAGUCCAGGGUGGCAGCCCCUAUGGUGCCGGCACAUUUGCUGCCGACGGUUCGAGGUGGCCCAAUGAGGUGGAGCUGGAGCACGCCUUCCACCAGGGUAAGUACUUUGCAGGCAUUGCAAAGAAGCUCAAAGGGUCUGCUUGAUCUCUGCCUGUCUCGGAUACCGUAAAAAACAUUUGCAGCUCCACCAUACCGUCAAUAGCUUUGGUCUCUUCCUUCGUGGUAUCUGCAUGCUAUGUGACUCUGGAACUUGACUUGCCGUCUGACAUGAUUUUUAUGCUAUGGUGAAUUGGUUGUAAUCUGCAGUUGGAAUAUUUUGUUACUCGUCACAUAAAUAUUGCAUGGUGAAUUGGUUGUAAUCUGGAGUUGGAAUAUUUUGUUACUCGUCACAUAAAUAUUGAUUGCUCAAGUAAACAACUUCAUAGUUGAUCUGUAA